CAGCGCGGCGACUGGAGCCCCAGAGCCCCGCGGAUUGUCAGAGUGUCGACCCGCCCCGCCGUCCCGGCUCCGUGUCCCUCCUGCCGCAGCUACCGAGCCGCUGUCCAGAGCCGCAGCCUCGCCACCAUGAGAGUCCUGAUGGCGUGCCUGCUCCUCUGUGCCCUAGUAGGCAGCCAUGAACUUCAUCCACUGUCUAGUGCAUCAAACUGCGGUUGUCUGAAUGGAGGAACAUGUGUGUCCUACAAGUACUUCUCCAACAUUCAUCGAUGCAGCUGCCCAAAGAAAUUCCAAGGGGAGCACUGCGAGAUAGAUACAUCGAAAACCUGCUUUGAGGGGAAUGGUCACUCUUACCGAGGGAAGGCCAACACCGACAUCAUGGGCGAGCCCUGCCAGGCCUGGAACUCGGCCGCUGUUCUUCUGAAGGAGUACCAUGCCCUCAGACCCGAUGCCCUUCAGCUGGGCCUGGGCAAACACAAUUACUGCAGGAACCCGAACAACCAGAGAAGGCCAUGGUGCUAUGUGCAGGUUGGCCUAAAGCGGCUUGUCCGGGAGUGCAUGGUGCAAGAAUGCUCUCUUGAAAAAAAUCCCCCGCCUCCUUCGGAAAAAGAGUUUCACUGUGGCCAGAAGACUCUGAGGCCUCGCUUUAAGAUUAUUGGCGGAGAAUUCACCACCAUCGAGAACCAGCCUUGGUUUGCGGCCAUCUAUAGGAGGCACCGUGGAGGCUCUGUCACCUACCUGUGUGGUGGCAGCCUCAUCAGUCCUUGCUGGGUGGUCAGCGCCACACACUGCUUCAUUCAUUACCAGAAGAAGGAGGACUACAUUGUCUACCUGGGUCGGUCAAAGCUAAACUCCAAGACACGUGGGGAGAUGAUGUUUGAGGUGGAAAAGCUCAUCUUGCAUGAGGACUAUAAUGCUGACAGCCUUGCUCACCACAAUGAUAUUGCCUUGCUGAAGAUCCGCUCCAACACAGGCCAGUGUGCACAGCCAUCCAGGUCCAUACAAACCAUCUGCCUGCCUCCACGGUCUGGUGAUGCUCAUUUUGGUACAAGCUGUGAGAUCGCUGGCUUUGGAAAAGAGAAUACUACCGACUAUUUCUAUCCAGAGCAGCUGAAAAUGACCGUUGUGAAGCUGGUUUCCCACCAGGAGUGUCAGCAGCCCCACUACUAUGGUUCCGAAGUCACCACCAAAAUGCUGUGUGCUGCUGACCCACAGUGGGAAACAGAUUCCUGCCAGGGAGACUCCGGGGGACCCCUGGUCUGCUCUAUCCAAGGCCGCCUGACUCUGACUGGGAUUGUGAGCUGGGGCAGUGGAUGUGCCAUGAAGGACAAACCAGGCGUCUACACAAGGGUCUCAAGCUUCCUGACUUGGAUCCAUAGGCACACUGGGCAACAGAAUGGUCUAACCCUCUGA